AUGGGUCGUUUAACAGAGUCGAAGUUGGUUCAAGACCUGGUUCUGUACGCAGCAAGUGCAGCACUCAGUUACCUGGUCUUGUUCGUUGGCCUCCGACAACUUGAUCCGAAUCGCGAGGCAUCCAAAAAGGCCCUUCACCACAAGAAAGAGAUAGCCAAGCGUCUCGGUCGUCCUCUCGUUAACACAAACCCUUAUGAGGAUAUCAUAGCAUGCGAUGUCAUCAAUCCUGAUCACAUUGAUGUGGAGUUUAAUUCAAUUGGAGGACUGGAAUCGAUAAAGCAAGCUCUGUUUGAGCUUGUUAUUCUGCCUCUAAAAAGGCCUGACUUGUUUUCUCAUGGUAAACUUCUUGGGCCACAAAAGGGUGUCCUGUUGUAUGGACCACCUGGCACAGGGAAGACCAUGCUUGCCAAAGCUAUUGCUAAGGAGUCUGGAGCUGUUUUCAUCAAUGUGAGGAUAUCAAACCUCAUGAGCAAGUGGUUUGGAGAUGCCCAGAAACUUGUGGCUGCCAUAUUUAGCCUAGCUUAUAAGCUCCAGCCUGCCAUCAUAUUCAUUGAUGAAGUUGACAGCUUUUUGGGUCAGCGUCGAACAACAGAUCAUGAGGCUUUGUUAAACAUGAAAACUGAAUUCAUGGCCUUAUGGGAUGGUUUUACUACUGAUCAGAAAGCUCAAGUUAUGGUCCUUGCUGCCACUAAUCGUCCUUCAGAACUUGAUGAAGCCAUACUUCGACGUUUUCCUCAAGCAUUUGAAAUUGGCAUGCCGGACCAAAGGGAGAGGGCUGACAUAUUGAAAGUUAUCUUGAAGGGUGAGAGGAUUGAAGAAAACAUUGACUUUGAUCAUAUAGCUUACUUAUGUGAAGGUUACACUGGUUCGGAUCUAUUUGACCUGUGCAAGAAAGCUGCCUAUUUUCCAAUCAGAGAACUGCUGGAUGAAGAGAAGAAAGGGAGAAGUUCUUCUGCUCCUAGACCACUGUCCCAGCUAGACUUCGAGAAGGCCCUGGCCACUUCACGAAAGACUACUGUUGCUGCAUUUGAAUACAAUGGCUUAAGUGCAGGGCACGGGGAAGCUGGUGGUGAUUAUCAGGUUCAAGCUGCAAUAAAUGAACUCUCUAAGUUUGUGGUAUCUCACGUGAUUAAUCGCCAGCCAGAUGCCAAAGAUCUUUAA